AGAAAACCUUAUCCACCACCAGUCGGACGCCAACAAGGCAAUCUCGCGAAGCAUAUCAAUUCAUUUUUCCCACCACACAGAUACAGAGACCAACCCACUACCUGCUUCAGGGUAAAAGGAACGGAAAAACUGAAAAGCCAGCAGCUUUGAGACAGUCCAGUUAAAACCCUGGAGAGGAAGGAGUUGGCGAGAGUGAGAGAAUGGGAAGCGUGGCGAUCUCAGAAGGGCGUUUCAUCCCACAGUGUUCAUUGCCGCCAUCGCCAUGUGUUCUCAACGGCAAGCCUCUCAAUGGCCAGUUGCUCCCUCUCAGACCUCUUCUUCCCAGGAAAACCAGUCCUUCCUCAUCCUCCUCCCGCCUUCUCUCCAGGUGUUCGACAAAAUGGCUCAAUGAGCCGUUUCAGAAAGCACUGACAGGGCUACUUCCCAUGGUUUAUGACAGCAAUUAUCACAAUCCUGUAAUCCUUCUCUCCCUCUCUCGUCCCUUUCACCGUGAAUUGUUUAUCAAUUAGGUGGUAGUCAUUCGUUUAUGAGGAUAUGUUGCAAUUGGUCACAGGGAGCUGACAAUGGCGCUAACAACCGCCAGGGGCAAGGAGAAAUGGAUCGAAUUAUGGACGGCAUUGAGAAGAGAACUUCAUUGCAAGAAUUUGGCGCCUUGGAUUCUGCUACAUUACACGAGGGAUCAAUGAAACUGUUAAUGUUCCUCUCUGGGUGUCUAAUGUUCCAGGGCUCUGAUCAAGCGUCUGCGGCUGUAAUGGAGCUCUCAAGCAGUGGGUUGCAAUCCAUUCCCUAUCUUGGAGACCUUGGUGACAUUAGCACAGGUUUUGCCUCAGCAUUCUUGCUGAUAUUUUUCUCGGAGUUGGGUGACAAAACCUUUUUCAUUGCGGCACUUUUAGCGGCUAGGAAUUCUGCUGUUGUUGUAUUUGCAGGGACCUUUGGCGCCCUUGGUAUAAUGACUGUCAUAUCCGUUGUACUUGGAAGAACUUUCCAUUAUGUGGAUGAGAUCCUUCCAUUCAGUUUUGGUGGCACUGAUUUGCCUAUUGAUGACAUUGCUGCAGUUUGCCUUUUGUUCAUGGUCUGUGAAGUAAACAACAUUCAAGCUAACUUGAGUAUGUUGCAGGUCUACUUCGGGGUAUCAACACUAGUAGAUGCCUCUUCAAGUGAUAGCCUCAAAUCUGAAGAUGAGCAAAAGGAGGCGGAGCUAGCAGUUUCAGAAUUCUCAGGAAGUGGUGCAGGCAUUUUAUCCGCUGCCAAUACCAUUAUUAGCACAUUUGCUUUGGUUUUUGUUGCUGAAUGGGGUGACAAAUCAUUUUUCUCCACAAUCGCACUUGCAGCUGCAUCCUCACCUCUUGGUGUCAUUGCUGGAGCAUUGGCUGGUCAUGGUGUUGCAACCUUGAUUGCUGUCCUGGGAGGUUCUUUACUGGGAACAUUCCUAUCAGAGAAGGUACAUAAAUUUUCUAAAUCUCUCCAACUCGUUUUGAUAUGCAUAUCUUGAAAUAAAAUGUCAGUUUCAUAGGUUGGAAUUUCAUAUCAAAUAAAAGUGAAAAUCCAGAAUAUGUUAUGACUUUUUAACGACUGACAUGUGAUCCCCUUCCUGGUCCCCAAAAAAAUGUUCCUGAUUGGAAAACUCAAAGGUGCCAUCAAGCAUCUUAACUCUCAACCAUUGAAGUUGUCAUCUAACCCUCAUCAGUCCUUUGCCGUUUGAAUACUGAUUUUCUAUUCAGCCAAAAGAAAAAGAAAACCAAGAUCAAGACCAAUUGCCAUAGUUAUUGUGAGUGGAAGAACCAUGAACCAAGUACACAGAACCCAACCACAAAAUGUCUUGCGUUUAGUGUACUCUAUUUUCCUACUAUCACCACCACCAAUAAUGUUUGAAAUUUCUGAUCACCUGACGACAGCCUGAAUUCGCACCCUAUAGCAACAUAAGCUGCUGGUCUGGAAUAUAUCAUGUUGUCGAUCUUUACGCUUCUAAUAAUCUAGCAACAAUUACACGUGCAUCUACAGAAUGAGCUUCUUAUUCAACUUCCGUCAUUAUAUUUUAAUGGACUGAGAAAAAGGAAGAACCUUUUGGUGCUUUUUGACAGGUCAUUGCAUACACUGGUGGGAUUCUUUUCCUUGUCUUCGCCGCCAUGACACUGAUCGAGAUUGUGAGUUGAAAAAACGCAACUAUGACAGUCAUGGAUUACUAUUGCCUCAAAGUCUUCAGUUCAUGUAGAGGCAUCAGAAAGUCUCAGGUGGCGCUGCUCCAGUUAGCACAAAGUAUAAAGGAGUUUGAAUUAUUUGGUUUUGUUCAUCGUCAUUGUAGUACUCAACUAACAUUUGUUUAGUAAAUAGAGCUUGCACGCUGUCCUGUCUCUAAAUUUCAAGCAGCUAGGUCUAUCUGCUUGGCAUUUGUUGUGUAAAAUUGGCAAGAAAGUCCAAGCAUUUCUGGCUUUUUGGUCCGACUGUGGGAAGCUGGCUCCGAGUUUCGAUUCAACCCUUUCUAUGAAUAUGCAGAGAAUAGAGGAAGCGAUGGAACUUUUUUGUUUCUGAGAAUAACAGUGUGAUGAAUUGUUGAUGGACAAUUGUCCUAUCAAAGUAACCACUAAUGUUUAUCUUGUUGACUUUUGCUAUAAGA